AUGGACGCUCUUUUGGGGAAGGUUACGCAGCAGGCUAUGAACUAUGCGAUCAAGUCCGGCAUCACCUUGACGGCUACCUACGCCCUCAAACAAUCAACCAAGCUCCUUCAAAAUGCACCGAAAAGCAGCGCGAGUAAUGAGCUGUAUGAGCUUCAGAAACGCAUAGAGCACAAGAUCCGUAUUGUUUCUCCAGCUAUUGACAUGAUUGAGCUGAUUGCAGCUCGUGGAAACACUUCCUUGGAAUCAGCCGUCUCGCUAACCAAAGAACUACGGCGUGAUAUUGAAAGACUAAGUGUACGCCUUGCUAAGGCUGUAGCGGCUUCACAAGAAUACAGGGCUGGUAGUCAACGUUCUAAGCUAGCAGGCGCUGCAGCAGACGAGCAAGAGAUCCAGCUCAUUACCUACGAUAUGAAACAGUUACUACUACGGAUCGAGGACGCGGUGCCACUCAUCAGCUUGGCCUUGACUACAUCAGGUGCCAAACUGUCCACUCAACUUCCAUCUACCGUAUCGCCUUCACGCUUGUUGCAAGCAAGCAUGUUCAUGACUACAGGCGAUGCCCAAUACAUGGCGUCACCGCAUCGUGUGGCUCAAAUCGGGCCGACGUUCACCCUCUGUGUUUACAUGCUAUUUGCUGGAUACGAUAGACCAGAGUCAGAGGAGGAUGUACGAGAAACUACGUGGAAAGAGGUCAUACACAAAGCUCGGGUGAAGCUUCGACGAGUACCUCUGGAUGUUGUGAUAUCAACUGGUUCCGGUUCUGAUGCUUUAGAGGCGCACCAAAUCUCCACAACUAGGCAAACGCCAUCUCAGAACGAGUCGUCCUCACAGAUCCGAGGGGAAACUAGAUCUGACGAAUUUGCUUAUCAGCUUGUCAUUGUAGAAGACUUUGAUGACGAUCGACAUCACGACUUCGAGGACGGUGAUGCCAAACCUGGCCCUUUCGACGACGUGAAGCGAGCUGGCAUACGGGAAAUGAUCCCUGUUCAUGAGAUCUCCAAGAUCUUCUAUGCAGACACGAGCAAAGUCCUCAAUAUAGGCAUGGAUGCUGAGUCCAACCACCCUGUCCUCCUGCUAAGACGCGACGUUCAAGCCGUACCACCACGCAGAAUGUUCCCAGGCGACUCGGAAGAUUCUCCCCAAGCGAACGAUGAAUCGACCAAGCACAAGGACGACGGUCGACCACAAACGGAGGAAGAGAAGGCGUAUGUCAAGAACGAGCACAAAGAGCGAAAGCAUGACCCGUGGCGACUACCACCCUCUCUCGAUCCUGAAUGGCUUGCACUAGAGGUUUACACGGAAGCUUCUGCUUCCGAAGACUCUGAAGACGAUGAGGAAUACAAAGAAGACUUUGCAACUCCAGAUGAGGGUGUGGACUCAUCUCAGCUAUCAGUAUCAAUGUCUACAUUGAACAUCGAUUCGCCACAAAUGGCGACCCCACAGCCACCCUCUUCCCAGGCGUGGCAGCCUCAGAUCAAGACCUCAUUGUCGUUGCUAGAACUGCUCCUCCGGUUGACUAGUUUACAGCAAUUCCAGCAACAAUCACAUUUAUCGAUACCUGACGAGCUUCUGAACUUCUUCUUGGAAGAGUCUGCUUCAACGGGCGCGGGAGGAAAUGAGCAACACCGCCAAGCAAUACGUGCUGAUGCACGAAGAAGGGUAGGAUGGGAUCCUUAUGACGAGAGCCCGGUCAAACAUCGAGGCGAAGAGUAUCAGCAUCACGCAUAUUAUGGAAGCCCUGGAGUUCGUCAGCAGUACCAAUACAGCCACAACGGCAGUAUGGCUAGUCCAGGUCCGCCACCAACUCAUCGAGCUGGUACUGACAGUCCUGGCAUGCAAACUCGGAGCAUCACAGGCACUCCAGACAGUCAAUCAAGAGGAACACCUCUUUCGCCGCCAGCAAGCAGCUAUAAUAAGGUUACUAUCAGCAACCGGCCAGAAUGGCUCAAAAGACCAGUUGAUUCGCGCAGUGGAAGUCCACUGAGGCCUAACACUAUGCACAGCGACGAAGGUAUUGGCACAAGUCCUAGUGAUCCUCCAGGAAUGCGUCCUUGA